UUAGAUUCUUCUUCGUCAAACCCGUAAUCCUGUAUCCUAUAAAACCACUCUAGAGAGGACUUUUUAGUCAAAGAUCCCAAAACAGCUCCAAAGCUCACAAAGACAUGGCUGAAGCUUCCCUGAUCUUCCUCUCUCUCACCCUUCUCUUCUGCCAUUCUUCUGCAAGUUCCUCUGGUAAUCCUAUCCUUCUCUCGUCUUCUGCUCACGAAGAGCUAAGGAAGAACGGGUUUCCGAUUGGGUUGCUCCCUACGAACGUCUUGGACUACACCCUCAACCGGACCUCCGGUGAUUUCUCUGUAAAUCUGGGUGAUUUCUGUAAGAUUACGCUCCCUCCGGACAAUUAUCUGGCCUCGUACUCGAAGAAGAUUACAGGGAAGAUCGUCGAGGGUAGAAUAGCGGAGAUUGACGGGAUACGGGUUAGGGCUUUUUUCAAGUGGUGGUCCAUCACCGGAAUUCGAUCGAGCGGCGAAAAUUUGGUCUUUGAGGUUGGAAUGGUCACGGCCAAGUACCCAUCGAAGAAUUUCGACGAGAGCCCACCGUGUGAGGGCCAAAGCUCGUCAUCGUAACUGGGUUUCCGCCUCUUGAGUCCAUGGAGUAAUUUAUAUGAUGGUCCAUGUAUAACUCAAAGUACUUAGUGAACUUUACCAUCAGAACAGUAUUAUGGUAAUUUAUAUAGUAAUAUAGAUAUAUAGUUCUGUUUUAUAUAUUUUGUUAGGCUCUGUUUUACUUGCGCCAUGCAUCUCCAGUUCUCCACGUCCUCUUUUUUAUGCUGUUAAGCUGUUUAGACAUGGUUUCCA